CCGCCAUACGCGAGGACGCAUCUUCCUGCUCAAGUCUUCGGCGCCGCUGUCUGCGGCACUGGUGUUCGAAAGUAUCCGGAAGUGGCCGGGCCAUAGGCCUUUGAUGCGGCUUGGGAAAAAUGGCGGUGGUCGCUGUCUUCCCGGCUCUUGCGCGGAUGCUUGCUCUGUCAAGGCGCCACCUAGUGUCUCCUUCACUCAGCAUGACAUCAUGCAGACGCUGCUACAGAGGUGACAGCCCGAGAGAUUCCCAGAAGGAUAUGAUUGAAAUCCCUUUGCCUCCAUGGCAGGAGCGAACUGAUGAAUCUAUAGAAACCAAACGAGCCCGGCUGCUCUAUGAGAGCAGGAAGAGGGGAAUGCUGGAAAACUGCAUCCUGCUUAGCCUCUUCGCUAAGGAACAUCUGCAGCACAUGACAGAGAAACAGCUGAACCUCUACGAUCGCCUGAUUAAUGAACCCAGUAACGACUGGGAUAUUUACUACUGGGCUACAGAAGCAAAACCAGCCCCAGAAAUAUUUGAAAACGAAGUCAUGGCCCUGCUGAGAGACUUCGCUAAGAACAAAAACAAAGAGCAGCGACUGCGGGCCCCGGAUCUUGAAUACCUCUUCGAAAAGCCACAUUGAGCUACGUGCCGCCGCCUGCCUGGCUUUGGGGGAUCCAUGGAUGCUCAUUGCCUGCGAUGGGUACUGGCCUUGAUGUCCUGCUUCUUAGAUGCUCAGCCCACCCAGACCUCUGGUCCUGCCUGCAGCGAUGGACCCGCCUCUCUCCAAGGACAUGUAUAUGUUCAGUGUGCCUCAUGCUAGGACCCUUCAAGGCUCCCGUCUAAGCCUCAGAAGCGGCUUGUCCAUGUUACUGUCGCUCGGGCCUGACUCUCUCUCUGGCUCCAUAGGAGGAAGCAUUGUGCCAGCUCACUGCUUCAGCCAGAAGUGUGCUCGGUGUGAAGAGGCAGCCAGCUGCCUGUGCUGUGUGGAAAGCUCCCUGGGUGAGCCAGGGCUUUGUCCCUGUGAAAUUCCCCCUUCCAACCUGGGUUGGUUCUUUCUGCCAGGGGAAGCUGAUCCAAGCCCCCUGAGUAGAACCCUUCAAAGACCCAGCAGGCAGAAUGAGGGCAGCGGGCAGGAACAGUGUGGGCGUGCUGCUUAAGAGUCAGCAUCCUCAGCAGAUUUUCUCUAGAAUGCUCAUUUUAUAAGCAGAACGAUAAUUGUGUAUAUUAAAGAAUAUUUUAAAAAGGAAAA